AUGGGUAAAAAGAUAAAGAAGAAAGAAGAACCUCCUCCUAAGGAUGUGUUUGAUCCAUUAACAAUUGAAAGCAAAAAUGCAGCAACCGUAGUAUUAAUGCUUCAGUCUCCAGAAGAAGAAGUUUUGGCUACAGCAUGUGAAGCCAUUUAUAGAUUUGCGUUAAAAGGUGAGGAAAAUAAAGCAAUUCUUCUUGAACUUGGAGCAGUGGAACCUUUAACUAAACUGCUCACCCAUGAAGACCAAAUUGUCAGAAAAAAUGCUACUGUGAUAGUUGGAAUCCUGACUUCAAAUAAUGAUAUUAAAAAAUUGUUAAGGAAGUUAAAUGUCAUGAAUUCUGUUAUUGCUCGACUUGCUCCAGAAGAAGAAGUUGUUAUCCAUGAGUUUGCUAGUCUUUGCUUAGCAAACAUGUCUGCAGAGUAUAUCAAUAAAGCACAAAUAUUUGAACAAGGUGGUUUAGAGCCUCUCAUCAGACUACUGAGUAGCCCAGACCCUGAUGUUCAGAAGAACUCUAUUGAGUGCAUUUACAACUUGGUACAGGAUUUCCAAUGUCGAACUACACUUCCAGAGCUAAAUGCAAUCCCUUCCGUAUUAGAACUCCUCAAGUCAGAAUAUCCCAUUAUUCAGCUGCUAGCUCUCAAAACCCUAGGUCUUAUUAUGAAUGAUAAGGAGUCUAGAGUACAGCUAAGAGACAAUCAAGGAUUGGACUCCCUUAUUAAGAUCCUAGACACAAAGGAAAUGAAUGACCUUCAUGUACAGGCACUUUCAGUGCUUGCCAAUUUCCUUGAAGAUAUGGAUACCAGAGUGCUGAUUCACCAGACGGGGGUGCUUAGAAAGCUCCAAACAUUUGCAGAAAACUCAACAAUUUCUGAUAUCCAGAAGAAUGCCGCAAAAGCAAUUACCAAAGCAGCUUAUGAUCCUGAAAAUAGAAAAUUCUUUCAUGAACAAGAGGUUGAAAAAUGCCUCAUCAUGCUUUUGGGGUCUGAAAAUGAUGGAACGAAAAUUGCUGCAUCCCAAGCUAUUUCAGCCAUGUGUGAGAACUCAAGCAGCAAGGAUUAUUUCAAUCAUCAGGGAAUUCCACAGUUAAUCCAGUUGCUAAAAAGUGACAAUGAGGAGGUAAAGGAGGCAGCAGCUCUUGCCUUGGCUAAUCUGACAACUUCCAAUCUAGUUAAUGCAAAUGCGGUUGCUGAAGCUGACGGCAUUGCUCCGUUAAUAAACACCCUGUCCUGUAAACGAGAUGGGGCCAUCGCGAACGCGGCCACAGUGCUGACGAACAUGGCGAUGCAGGAGCCGCUGCGAGCGAGCAUCCAGAACCACAGCGUCAUGAACGCGAUCAUCCGGCCCCUGCGCUCCGCCAACACCGUGGUUCAGAGCAAAGUGGCACUCACGGUCGCUGCCACAGCCUGUGAUUUCGAGGCUCGGAUGGAGUUGAAAAAUGCAGGUGGCCUGGAGCCCCUUGUGGAGCUCCUGCGCUCCAAGAAUGAUGAAGUCAGGAGGCACGCCAGCUGGGCUGUGAUGGUCUGUGCCAGCGACGAGCUGAUGGCCACUGAGUUGUGCAGGCUCGGGGCUUUAGAUAUACUUGGAGAAAUUAGCCUAUCACUAAGUCGGAAAAGUAUAUUCAGUGAGAUAGCUUAUGACAAAUUACUCGACUACAACCUUCCACUGAAAUACAGCCUGACUGGCUUUUUGUCAGCAUGCAAUAUAAUUAGUGAUGGAUUCCAUGAUUAUGGCUGGAUAAGUGAUGGAACUAAACUUCUGCCACUGAAGGAGCUCUGCUUACAAGAACCCAAUAAUCAGCGUACUAUACUUUUAAUUAACAGUAAAUCUUCUGAUGGUUGUCCAUUUUCUUCAAUGGAACAUAGAUCUUCAGACCUUGGCUACGGAUGACGCAUUUCUUCCACAUCUUCUUUAAGAAGAGCAAGUGCAGAAAAGAUCAGGAAAAAAUAAAAUUCUAAUUUCCAUGCUGGAGUUGCAUCUCCUACAGAAGAGAAAUCAGAACCUGCUUCUGGAUGGAAUACUUCUCUUAGCAAAAGUGCCACAAAAGAAAAAGGAUCAAGAAAAAUGAGAGGAAAAAAAGAAGAAGAAAAAGUAAAAGAAGAGGAAGAGGUUUUGCUAGUACCAAAGAUCACUGGAGAAAUUCCUGAAAAAGAAUGGUGUCCUCCUUCUGACCCGAACUUCUCCCUUUAUGUCUCUGAAGUGACCAAAACAAUCCUACCCAUAACUAACAUGAAGGAAAAGAUUGAGGCUCUUGCAAAGUAUGUGGCAGAAAAAAUGGGUGGUCCUAUUAUAAAAGAGAAAUUACAUGAAUUCAGCUGGGAACUUCACAUAAGCGAACUAAAAUUUCAACUGAAAUCCAAUGUCAUACCAGUUGGACAUAUCAAAAAAGGAAUCUUCUAUCAUCGAGCUUUGCUCUUCAAGGCUCUAGCAGACAGAACUGCUGUUGGCUCAUCUCUAGUCCGUGGGCAAUAUGGCAGAGCUUGGAAUGAAGUGAAGCUGAUAGACAAACCUCGUAAGGGAGUGAUUUGGCGUCUGCCCCCUGAGAAAUACAUUGUUGAUCUCAUGUUCUGUCCAGGUGAGCUGAUAAAAUUAAAAAGCAAAGAAGGAGAUCUUUACAGACUUCUUUGA